AUGUCGUCUUACCAUCAUAUGAGUGGCUCACAAAAACGCAAAAGAAAAAGGGAAGAUGAGAAAAGAACUCAGAAACUCCCAAAAAUAAGCAGCUAUUUUUCACAGGCUGCUGGUGCUUCUGGUGGUUCUGCAACUACUGAGACCAUAACUGGUCAGUGUGAGGACAUAAGUGAGACUGAGAGACCUUCUACUAGUACAGUUAUUGAAAGCUCUCAAUCGUUGAUGGAGGAGGAUAGUAUCCACAGUGAAACAUGUAGCUUCAGUCCUAGCAUUGAAGAAGUGGAGCCGCAUACAAGUGCCAGUAUAUCUGAAGUACAAGAAAGUUUAGAAAGUGAAGAUGCUGGCACUGUCUGUAUAGAACGUACUUUACUUGGAGAAAAGUAUGUUACAGAUAGGGGACAUUUUCCCAUUACAAUAAAAGACCCCAACAUAAAAAAAUUUAUUCUUUCUAAUGGCCCCUGCAGACCUAACGGGCCAUUUCCCAGAGAUAACGAUAACAGGUGUUUCUCUGAGAAGUACUAUGACAGAAUUACAAAAGCAGGCCAUAAGAUUCCUGUCAUGUGGUUAUGCUACUCUCCAAAGCUAAACGUUGCUUAUUGCGAGCCAUGCUGGUUAUUUGGUGAUCGUAAAAGAUUAGGCUUUGAACCUGCAUGGGCUAAAGGAAUAAAAAAAUGGCAAAGGCUCUCAGCAAAAAUACAGAUUCAUGAAGCUUCCCAAGCUCACAUGGACGCUUGUAUUGUGUAUGAUCAAUGGAGGAGAAAAAAAAACAUAGAUGCAGAGACUGAAAGACAAAUUUUAAAAGAGAAAAACUUUUGGCGACAAGUCCUUCAUCGAAUAACCAAUGUGACCUUAACCAUGGCAAUGUCUAAUCUAGCUUUCCGUGGUCAUGUCGAAAAAAUAGGCGAGAGUAAUAAUGGCAACUUUCUCUCUAUUGUAGAGCUGCUCGCAGAAUAUGACCAUGUUUUGAAGGAGCUACUCCAGUUACCGCAGGGGACAGCUAAAUACCUAAGCCCCAAAAUACAAAAUGAAAUAAUAGAUAUCCUUUCAAAAAAAGUAGAAGAAGGCAUUGUGAGCGAAAUUAAAGCCUCCAAUUUUUAUUCAAUAAUUAUGGACACAACACAAGAUGUUUCUAAAGUUGACCAAUUAAGUCAAAUAUUCCGAUAUGUGACUGUAAGCAGAGACAAAACCCAAAGGGCAACUGCUAUAGCUAUACAAGAAGCAUUUUUAGGUUUUCAUGUCGUAGAAGACCCUAGUGCUGCAGGACUUGAAAAUGACAUUAUAAAAUGUAUAGAAAGUAGAGGUUUACAGCUAUCAAAAUGUCGGGGGCAGGGUUAUGAUGGUGCUGCCACCAUGAGUGGAGUAUACUCGGGUGUUCAAACUCGCAUUCAAAAGAAAGAAAGAAAUGCCUUGUACAUUCACUGUGCAGCCCACAACCUUAAUUUAGUUCUACAAGAUGCCGUGAGCCACGUACCUGAGGUGUCAAGAUUUUUUGAGGUGAUACAGAGUUUGUAUGUUUUUUUUGGAGAAAGUAUCACCCGAUGGUCUGUUCUUCAGUCACUAACCACUGAAUCCUCUGUGACCCUAAAAAGACUGUGCCCAACACGAUGGUCAUCCCGUUAUGACUCGCUGCUUGCCCUACGCUUUCGGUUUGUUGAUGUCCUUAAAGCACUGUCUAAAUUAAUAUUGACUUCGACCAAAAGUAAAGAGAGGGAAGAGGCCAGGGUCCUUAGGAAUAAAAUUGAAUCUUUUGAGUUUGUCUUCCUACUUGUUCUACAGAGUAAAGUUCUGGAGCAUAUAAAUGCAAUAUCAAAGGUUCUGCAGUCAGAACAUAUGGAUCUGUGCAAUGCAGCCCAUUUAAUUCAUAAUGCCAUUGAAGCUCUUAGCAGCUACAGGAAGCAAUUUGAAGAUGCUAAAACAACAGCUAUCAAACUUGCUGAGAAGUGGGGAAUUCCUGCAAUGUUUGUAAUUAAAAGAGUGCCCAAAGUAAAGCGCCAUAGUGGGGAGCUAUGUUUGGACGAAAGACUGCAAGACCCAGAGAAGAGAUUUAAAACUACUAUUUUUUAUGCUACUUUAGAUGUAAUAACAUCCCAGUUAUCAAGCAGAUUUGGUAGCAUGAACACUGUAGUUGAAAGAUUUCGGAUCAUUCAGCCACGUGUGCUGGCGACUGAAUCAGAGGAUAACUUGUUUCAAGCUGCACUGCAAUUUCAGCAUUAUUACCAAGAUGACAUAUCUUCCGAUUUCGCAGGGCAAUUGGUUAGUUUUCGGAGCGCACUGCAAAAUGAGAUCUCUGAGCUCCACACAGUUAAAGAUUUGGCACACCUGCUUAUAAUUGACAAUGCUGCUUUGUCAUCUACCCUACCGGAUGUAUGUACAGCUUUAAUACUUUUCCUCACAUUACCAGUGACGGUGGCAUCUGCAGAAAGAUCAUUUUCCAAAUUAUCUCUGAUUAAAAAUUACUUGAGAAACAGCAUGUCACAACAACGGCUUUCUGGCCUUGCCCUUCUAAGCAUUGAGAAUGAAAGAGCAAGAAAACUGGACAUUCCAGCUAUUGUUGACAAAUUUGCUGAGUCUAAAGCGAGACGGCGCAACUUCUAGUAAUAUGUAUUUUGCGUAAGUGAGCAGUUUGUUGGGUACAGGGAGUUAUAUUAUCAAAGUUCAUACUAACCCAGUUCAAUUUAUUCAACUUUGGUUGUACUAAACAGUUAACUAGUUUGGUUCUAUUUUAGCUGCCUUCUUUUUGGUAACAAUGAUGCAGAUUAAUAAACAAUUCUGAUGUUGUUAGACUCUAAAACACAACGACCGCCUUUGAACUAUUUGAAUACAGCACUGGUUUCUGCACAACAAAAGCUUAAUAUCAAAAAGAAGGCAGAUGUUACCAACAUCAAAAAUACUUAACAUAAUUACUAAAUGCUACCAUCUCCUUUCCUACAGUGAGAACAAAUUGGUUCCUUUCUACUUGAUGCCUCCUCGUUGGACCUGGCUGGUUAAUUUUGAUGUUUCAUUUGGAUUUCUGUUCUGGUUGAGAAGCACAACUCGUGCUUAUUCACAAUCAAAUUUUGUGAGAACAAAUUGGUUCCUUUCUACUUGAUGCCUCCUCGUUGGACCUGGCUGGUUAAUUUUGAUGUUUCAUUUGGAUUUCUGUUCUGGUUAAGAAGCACAACUCGUGCUUAUUCACAAUCAAAUUUUGUGAGAACAAAUUGGUUCCUUUCUACUUGAUGCCUCCUCGUUGGACCUGGCUGGUUAAUUUUGAUGUUUCAUUUGGAUUUCUGUUCUGGUUAAGAAGCAUGACUCGUUCCUUUUCACAUUCAAAUUUUGUGAGAACAAAUUGGUUCCUUUCUACUUGAUGCCUCCUCGUUGGACCUGGCUGGUUAAUUUUGAUGUUUUAUUUGGAUUUCUGUUCUUGUUAAGAAGCACAACUCGUACUUAUUCACAAUCAAAUUUCAGUGAUUUACCAAGAUAUGGGUCAAGAAGCUUUAUGCCUUAUGUGGAGAAUCUUUGUUCUGGAACGCUUUUAACAUUUUUUUCUAUAUUUUAUAUGGUAACAUUA